AAGUGGAUUGAAAUGUGAGACCCCACAACGCAGAGGGGCAUCUCUCUAAAGUCUAAACGUAAGCAGUUUUUUUCCUUGAAAACGAGGACGAGGCGUAGCAUCUAUCCUUUGGCGAGUUCCCAAGGCCCCAAGGGAAUGCAUCUUUUGAUAUAGAUUGCGAAUUCCAAGCUCAUCAAUUUAUUCUAAAUGGGAUCAGAAGGACCACCAGUUGUGACCAUCCAUGUGACUGGGUUCAAGAAAUUUCAUGGGGUUGCCGAGAACCCAACUGAAACUAUAGUCAGUAAUUUGAAAGGUUUUGUAGCAAAAAAGGGUUUGCCCAGUGGUGUGGUUCUUGGCACUUGCAGUAUACUUGAGACUGCUGGUCAAGGUGCUCUUGAUGAUCUCUAUCGGGUCUUGGAGUCAGCCGUAGAAGGGCUUGUGACCGAAUCUUCACCUGGAGCACGAAUUAUAUGGCUUCAUUUUGGAGUCAAUAGUGGAGCUACAAAAUUUGCAAUAGAGAAGCAAGCAGUAAAUGAAGCUACUUUCCGCUGUCCUGAUCAGUUAGGAUGGAAGCCUCAGAAACUCCCAAUAAUCACUGCCGAUGGAGGCCUUUCACGAGCAAGGGAGGCUACUCUUCCUGUUGGUGAGAUAACAAAAAAUUUGACAAAGAGAGGUUAUGACGUGAUUCCAUCCGAUGAUGCUGGUCGUUUUGUUUGCAAUUAUGUUUACUACCAUUCCCUCCGAUUUUCGGAGCUGCAUGGUACUAAGUCUUUAUUUGUACAUGUCCCUCUCUUCUCAAGGAUAGAUGAAGAGACCCAGAUGCAAUUUGCUGCUUCAGUCUUGGAGGUUGUAGCAUCCUCAUAUUAAGCUGAAAUUGUUUACACUAUCGAUGUUGUCAUUGUGUCUAUCUUUAGGAACUUGAUACUCUGGUUAUUAUUUGUCAAUGCACUAAGAUGAAUGUUCGUUCGGCAUUGAAUGUAUGUAUGGAUGCAUGUAUGCUUGGGACCCAACGAUGUAAAUAUAUCGGAAGUUGCAUUGUAUGAGACAUGGUGUUGAUUGUCAUGCAGUUGGGAUUUAUAUAGUCGAUGCCAUUGUGGUUUCUAAAUAAAGGAUCGAUAUGGUUGGCCUUUAUA